UGUUUAACAGAUAUCCGCUACCACGUUAUUUGGGACGUUUAAAUAUCUGAGUUAGCGUUAAUCACCGUGAGGUUGUCGUCUCGUCGUCAGCUAACAGCAGCUUAGCAUCGGGAGCUAACAGAGUCCGUCAUCGUUACUUCAGGACAUGUCGAGGAAAAAGUUCACACAUCAGGAGCUUCUGGUUCUUCAUCUCUGUGUCCUGAUUCUGUCCGGAACAAUAACUGCAUAUGAAGACGGGUCAGGUGUCAAAGAAGUGUUUGUGACAGAAGGGAGCGAUGUCCUUUUACCCUGUUCCCCCAGCACCAAGCAGAACAUUGAACAAGAGCUCUUUGACUGGAGGAAAGAUGGUCAGAAGAACAUCUUCGUGUAUGAUGCAGGACUUCAUUACAAUAACGGGCGAGCAGGUCAGGAUGAGCAGUUCAAAGGUCGCGUCUCACAUUUUAGCGAUGAACUGAAGCACGGCAACGCCUCCAUCAUCAUCAGAAAUACGAUGAUGGCUGACAGUGGAGACUACACCUGUGAUUUUCCACUUCUUCAGCCAAGUAUUAUUCAGAAGGUUUGA